AUGGAACCUGAUGAUUAUGGCCUCAAACUGUGUGAAAAAUGUCGUGCUGAGAACUGUUCAGUCUUAGCUGGCUUGGUCGAAGGGCUGAAGGAUACACCUAAGCUUAAAGACGAACUGUCCGAAAUUAAUAAUAAUAUUAAUGUGCUGAAACUUUUAAUCGAGGAUAUUCAAAAGAAGGAAUUUCAAAUUAACACACAGUUAGAUGAUUUGAAGAAAUUGAGCAGUGACGUUGAAUUUUUGAAGCAGUCCUCAUUGAGUGGUUCUGCAGAAGUGGAAAAAGUCAGAAAAUUCUCAGACCUGUUCUCUAAUAAAGUAGAUAAUAUGGCUUGUGAUUUAAAGACAGUUGUUUGUUCUGUUGCUGCAACCGACGGCAGAAUUAACCUCAACAACGAAAGAAAUUUGAGGAAAAACAAUAUCAUUAUUUUUAAUAUAACUGAGGAUAGCCAGUUUUCCAGAAAUAAGGACAAAGAAGCAGUGCUUAGGUUGCUAAAAGUUUUGUUACCUGAUUUUGAUUUUUCGAAGGAAAUAUCUGAUUGGUUUAGGUUAGGUAAGAAACCUGAGAUAAAUCAAAGGCCCAGACCUGUUGUGAUAAAAUUUUGUGAUUUUGCUGUUAAAAAUCUAGUUUUAGAAAAUUGUUCUAAAUUGAAAGGAAAUGUUGAAUACAAGAAAGUAAUACUAUCAAACGACCUGGUCAAAGAAGAUAGAAAUGAAUGUAAAAAAUUAAUUGAAGAAAAAAAGAAAAGUUUAGCUGCAACUGAAGAUACUAAUAAAGAUAUCAAUUUUCUAUCUCUGUAUCGUAGUCCAGGAAGUUCAGACUUAAAUAAUGAUUCUUUAAUGCAGCUGCUGGAUGAAUUUUUGGAGCUUCCUGGUUUACAUAUCUUCCUUGGAGAUUUGAAUUUUCCAGAGAUUGAUUGGAACAUUUUUUGCUCAGGUGGACUCCCAUCAAGGAUUGAUAACAGGUUUUUGGAUUUUCUUAAUGAUCAUUAUCUGAUGCAACACGUCAAUGAACCCACAAGAGCUCGCAGUUCGCAGCAGCCUCAUAUUCUAGAUCUGGUGGUUUCUGAUAUUGACAUCAUUUGGAGAAAAUGUGGCAGUGUAUCCUAUUCGAGCUAUAUAAGAUUUUGGCCAGUGACCAAGCUUGUAUGA